AUGGACGCGGCUAUAGUCGCCGGAACCAGUGGCCUACGGAGCUUGUGUCCAAUGCAGCUGCGGAACGUAGUAGGAUCCUGUCGGUCGCUCUUGUCCAGACCGGCUGCGUUUCGAGCGAGUUUUCAAUCCCCGUGCCCAUUCCCCGGUACGCACUGGCGGAGCACAGGGUCGACGAGGUCGUUCCACUCGAGCCCUUUCACUCUAUCGGGACGCCGCAUAACGUAUCGCAUCGCCGCGUCCGCGUCUGGAAAAGGACAACGAUUUUCUCCCACGAAAAAUGUCAUUAGUUUUCGGCCGGAAAAGGAUGCGGCUUUAGGCCUACAGGUGGGGACAACGCCUUUCGCCCGGAGGAUGUCCCGGUUUGAUAGUGGAGAGGAUGCUUUUUUUGUGAGCAAGGUGAACGGCGAACCCAACACUGUUGCUUUUGGCGUGGCAGAUGGUGUAGGAGGUUGGUCCCAAUCGGGUGUGGACCCGGCGGAUUUCUCCCAUGCGCUCUGCAGCAACAUGGCUCAGGCCGCUUUAGAUUGGAAUACAAAAGUCGAAAAAUUGAGCCCCAGGGCUCUGAUGCAGGCCGGCUAUGAGAGAUGCUUAGCAGAUCAAUCUAUUUUUGCAGGUGGAAGUACCGCUAGCGUUGGCAUUGGGCAUGAUGAUGGGAGGGUGGAACUUGCGAAUCUCGGAGAUUCAGGAUCCAUUUUUUGCCGACUGGCAGCCAUUCAUCAGUACUCCAUUUCUCAAACGCACGCUUUCAAUGCUCCUUACCAGCUCUCCUUGAUACCGCCGCUCAUCCGAAUCCAAUCGUCAAUGUUCGGAGGUCAAAUCUUCGAGGAUUUCCCCUGCCAUGCGAGUGUAACUAAUUUGAAAAUGCAGCAUGGUGACGUGCUCAUUCUAGCAACGGACGGCGUCCUCGACAACCUUUUCAACCAGGAUAUUUUAAAUAUCAUAACAGACCAAAUGAUAACUGCUGGUGCUUGGAACGUUACUUCGGAAUCGGGGAUUAGCGUUGCUGCUGAUCUUGAUAAAUUCACUCACGAAGGCGGCCUUGUUCAAGCCCCCAGAGUCUCCACAUCGACGAACGACUCUCAAUCCAAGCAACCGAUAUCUAACCCUCGAACGAGAUUCCUUCCGUUGCAGGAUCGCCUCGCUCUUACAGUCGUUCGGCAGGCGAAAGUUUCCAGCAUGGAUCGUCAUAGGGACGGCCCAUUUGCGAAAGAAGCUCAGCGAUAUUACCCUUGGGAUAAAUGGAGAGGUGGUAAAAUCGAUGAUAUCUGUGCCGUCGUCGUCGUUGCGGUUGAAGAGGGGAGAGCAGAGUCAUGA